AUGGACGGCGCGACCGAUCGCGCGCGAGAGAAAGCGGUGGACGCGGUCGAGAUCGACCGCGAGGCGACGACGACGACGGCGAGCUCGAGGGACGAUGGCGUCGACGUCGACGCGAUCGUCGGCGACGCGCGCGCGUUGGAGGCGUCGACGCCGACGUGGUUUGACCCGAGAGCGUUCGAGGGAGACGAUUUCGACCCGUGGGCGUACGUGGAGGAGACGAGUUCGUUCGUCGGCGUGGAUGCGAUGCGCGAGGCGCUCGACGCGUACGAAAAGGAGGUGAAAGCGCGAUUGGAGGUGAUCGUCAGGGAUAACUACGAGGAGUUCGCCUCGCUCGGCGAUGGUUUGAGGGAUUACGAGGAGUUGAGGCGAGAGAUCGAGCCUGAGGCGAAGGCGACGAGAGAGGUCGUGCGAGCCGAGAGAGAGGAGAUCGCUCGGGCGCUGGAGAGAUUAGAGGCGAACGCGGCGGAACGCGAGGCACGGGCGAGGGCGAGCGAGAGCAAAAGAUUGGCAGAAGAGUGCACGCACACUGUUUCCAAGGUUGAGAGGCUGUUGGGUGAGUUAGACGUGGGUGAAAAGGUGUCCGUGAGCAGCGGCGCUCAAACGAGCGAAAACGUCGGAGAAGUCUUCGCUUCGGUCCUGAUCAGUGCCGAGGAUCGUGAAGGUUUGGACUUGUUAGAGCCCGCGUUCGAUGACGAACCGGCGACGACGAGUGGUGGAGACGCGGCGCCGGCGGAUGAGAUGCAUCAAAGUCACGUGAGCGACGACGUAAACGAGCGCGCUCGUCUGCUCGAUCGCAUCUCUAGCGAGGUGAACCGAUUGAAGUUUUACCAAAAGCAGGGCAAAGACCUGGCGACUAUUCGUGAUCUCGCGGAUCGCAUUGAGUACUGCGAAUUAAAGCUCACAUCUCUCGUGCAAACGGCGCUCAUCGACGGGUUGAAGGAGAAGAACGCGCACAUUAUAAGCCACUGUCUUCACGCUUGCGCCGCCAUCGGGAAGAUGGACGUAGUGGAAAAUGUGGUUCGGACUACACUGAUCCAGCCCGCCGUAGAGAAAGCGAUAGACUCCGCGGGUGAGGAACACUUCGAUUCCAUCUUACCACAGCUAGGCGAAGCCGCGAUCGCUUCGUGCUCGAAUGUGUUGGAACUCACGCGAGCCCCGGAUGCUGGCCUUCAUACUGUUGACUUCCUGGCGGGUACGGUGCUUGCGGAGGUUGAUGCGCAAGUUAGUGCCGCACGACAGCACGCUUAUUCGCCGGGAAUGCCUCAUAUUUUCAUCAAGAAUUACCGAGCGGCGAUGGCUUUCGUAGAUAGACUGGAAGAGCUUGCGCCAACACCUUCGUCGUUGAACGAUUUCCGUGCGUCAAAGCAUUUGACAACGUACAUAAAACGAUGGGAUCUCCGCGUGUAUUUUUCCCUACGUUUCAACGAAUACGCCACUACUGUCGAGGAGGAGCUCAAUCAACCUGGAUUGGACACCUCUCUCGCCAGUGAUGGAUUCUUACUCGCGUCGACGACGCAAGCGUGGCUGACCAUGUGCAAGUGCACAUCGGACGAUGUGUUUGUUCCGGCGCUCGCGGAUAAGUUCGUUAGACUCUUCGCGCAGGUAUUGUCUCGUUACAAAACUUGGGUGAAUAGUGGAAUGGAUGCUUUAGCUAUGCAACAAAACGCUGAGAAGGGAGCGGAAGAGAGUGCUGUGAGUGUGGGUGGAACCAAUUGGGGCGCCACUGCAGGUGGGGACGAGUUGAUUUUGGUGCGGCUGGAUAUUGAAAAACUUUGCGAGCGCGUACGCUCCGAUGGUGCCGAUCGAAUCAAAACGAGCAUAAGUAUCCUCGGUGAUGAAGCGACGAAGCUCGCUUUAGACUGCAUCCUUGAAGGGGUUGAGGACUUGUCCGCGAUUAUUCCGCGCGUCGACACUUUCAUUGUGAAAGUGCACGUCGAUCGAUGCGUCGAAGCACUCAAACAGCUGAAGGGCAUAACGGCGACGUUCCGUAUGACGAACAAGCCGAUGCCGACGAGACAUAGCCACUUCGUUCCAUCGAUUCUCGCUCCUCUCCAAACGUUCGUGGACAACGAACGAACGAAAGCACUCUCGAAGACAUCCACACACGAAAUCGUGACUCAAGUGGUGGAGACUGUGUGCGAGAAGUACGGAGAGUUGGCGCGCGACCUCCUCGAGACGGUGAAGAAGACGGAGGCGAGUUUGAACCGCUUGAAGGAUCGUCAGGGCAAAGCUAGUAACGCGGGUACAGGUGAUUCCGACAAGAUAUGUCGCCAACUUUAUCUAGAUGCGAAGGAGUUCGAGACUCAGAUGAAAAAAUUUGGCGUCGACCCACGCGAUUCCAACGCCUUCAGGGCUUUAUGGGAGGCAGUCGAGGCGGGCGCGCCGGAAAUUUCCGCAUAG